GAAUCUCAAUAUAUCAACAGUUAUAAGCUACUCAAUUUGUUCAUUUAUGUGAACACUGUUGUGGCUGAUAAAUUUAAAAGUUGGAAAGAUGUUAGACGUUGAAGAUGAAAAACCAAUCACGCCAAAAACGGUAAUAAAGGUGGCGCUACUGUUGGGUUCACUGAUGAUACUAGUGCAAGUUGCCGUUGCAAUUUAUUCAUAUCGCUUGUUAAAAACGGAAAUCGAGAAUGACAUUCACAAACAAAUCGAUCUUGUACGUAGUGAUCUGCUGAGAGAUGUUAGAGAGAUUGAAUUCAAAGAUGUGGAUAAGCGAAGAUUUGAUCGCCCAGACAUUUUGGACCGGCGAAAGAGAGGCGACGAUGGUGAUACCGCGCAAAUUUGUAAGACAAUUGAGCAACACUGUCCACUUAGUGGUCUACCGGGCUUUCCAGGAUUGAAUGGUUUGCCUGGUCAGAAAGGUGACAGGGGAUAUCCCGGAGUGGAGGGUCUUAAAGGCGACAAAGGGGACCCCGGAAUGGAGGGACUAGCGGGGUUGAUGGGACGACCUGGAGCACCAGGAAAGUAAGCAAGCGACGCAUCAUUUUUUGCAUGUGCAUUGCACCUACCUACUUUGAAUUUUUAUAAAAACAUAUUAAAUAUAAUUUAAGCAACUUUUUGUUAA